AUGUCGGAUAUUAGAAUUGCAAACUCUCAAGCGUCGAGAGUGAAAGUCCCCCAAAAAAGAAGGGCAGUUAUCGAUGAUGGCAUGUCUGGCCGACACCAUAAGAGAUCCCGCUCAGGAUGUUAUACUUGCCGUCUUCGACGAAAGAAAUGCGAUGAAGCACACCCUUCCUGCAGAGCUUGCAACCACCUCUACGUCAAAUGCGAAUAUGAUCGCCCGGACUGGUGGUCAAGCCCGGAACAGCGCAAGAUCCACAAGGAAAGAAUGAAGAACAAGAUUAAACAAACAAAGUUGAACGAGAAGAAUCAAAAUGCUCUCACUGGCGGUCGAGCACGCCCAACACCCUUAACUACUCCAGUCGUCUCCGAGUUCAGCUUCAAUCGUCCCUAUCAUCCGGAAGCAUAUGAUCCCUUUGCCUCUCAUUUACCUACGCCAGCUUUCGCACCAGCUAAUUAUGGACAAUAUCCCCCAUACGAAGUCGACGUUAGAACAGAGCGCCAGUUGUUCGUAAAUGACGUACAAACUCGAGUCGAUACGUCUUUUUCCACUUUCAGUACUUUUGCGCCUCCGCAAUUACAUGCGACUCUGCCGAGCUUUCCUGAGAACGAGUGGAUUCCCCAACUCUCUACAGUUCCGCCGAGCACCACGUUCGGCAAUGACUUCGGGCCUGUCUAUGCACCCACCAGAACGCAGGCGCAUCUGGUCAUGCAAACGAAUAUUCCAGUUGACGAUUGCGACCGCCCACUGCUCAAUCACUUCGUUGAUAAUGUACUACGACUUAUUUUUCCGAUUGCUGAGGUUCACCAGGGAGGACACGAACGCGCCAGAGCUGUCCUCCAUUCUCUAGAAAACAACAAGUCGUACCUGCAUUGCUGUCUCAGUGUGGCUGCUAUCCACUUGAAAAGCACAAUCGGAAUUGAAGGAGAGGCCAUCGACCAUGAUAUUCUCCGACACCGAUUUGAGGCCGUUUCACAGUUGUGUCAAUCAUUAAAUGAAGAUACCGAACAUAGCAAGAUUCUAGAGGCUACUCUUGCUAUGAUUUUCUUUCAUUGCUCCGUGGGUGGUCCUGACGACAACCUGCCUGAUAUCGCGUGGCACGAUCACUUCCAUGCGGCAACUAGUCUGAUCAAUAAGUUGGACCUACACAACAUUCUACUACAAUCGAGCGCUGCGCCUUAUAGCCACCCGCCGUUCAAUAUGACUCUGGCAUCUUGGAUUGAUAUUCUGGGUUCAACUAUGAUUGGCAAGACGCCACAAUUCGCUCACACAUACAGAUCUAAACAUUUGAGCGGCACUCCUUCAGGCCUCCGUGAGCUAAUGGGAUGCGACGACCGCGUGAUGUACCUAAUUUCCGAGAUCGCAUGUCUUGAUUCUCUCAGGGCAGAGGGCGUUGUUGACGACAUGGCCGUUUGCUCUCAUGUUCAGGCUCUAGGACAACAGCUUGAAUUUACCGAACCCCUGGACAAAACAUUCGAAACGCCUUACAACCCACUUAACGGGGCAAUUCGACCAGAACAAUUGACUAAGAACAUAACAGCGUGUUUCCGUAUUGCAGCUCGCAUCUAUCUUUGCAGUCUCGUUCCCGGAUUUGAUCGCAAUCAGACCAGUAUUCUGAAUCUGGUCGAGGCCGUCACACAGGUUCUCCAGGUUAUCCCUGGUGGCCCAGAGGGUUACGAUCGACCACUGGUUUGGCCGCUACUGAUUACUGGCGCCUUUGCUGUCUCAACAAGCACAUUCCGUCAAGUGCUACACCAGCGCGUGAUCGAAAUGGGCGACUACGCAGACUUUGGCAGCUUUGGACGUGCAUAUCGCCUUUUACAGGAAGUUUGGCGAGUCACCGACGACCCUAUAACCCCGGUAUCUGCGGGGUUCCCAUCUGAUUCCGAAUCGAGAUCGAAUUCAUCUACAUCUCCUCCCCUCAAGUCGCCUACUUUGAGGGAGAUCAAAAAGCAAAAUGUACAUUGGCGGGAUGUUAUGCAACGAAAAGGCUGGAAAUACUUACUGAUUUGA